UCGUUGGCCCGUCCCACUCGAUCGUCUUAUUCCACCUUACAACCGUUGGACUGACAAUCUAAUUACUAGUACAUAUACAGAUUUGGAGGCCAUGCAAUAUUCGUAGUUCUUAUUAGCUUCCUUCUCCUCUUCUCGAUCACCAUUCAUUAUAAUUGUUGCGGCUAUGGAAGCUCUCGGUAUGGUCUUUCUAUACCUCGGCUUAACGAUGUCUGGUCUAGUUCAGGGGAGUACUUAUAACGGUGAUAGAGUUAGUUAUGAAGCGUGCGAGGCGAACGCGACGAGGCCGCACGGGCACAGGAACUGGUUCAAGCCGACGAGCCAGCAGACGAUCGUGGUGGACGCCGACGGCUCCGGCGACUUCCUGUCGGUGCAGGAGGCGGUGGACUCCGUCCCAGAGAACAACACCAAGCGGGUCGUAAUCCACAUCCAUGCCGGCUGCUACAUAGAGAAGGUGACGGUGCCGGCGACGAAGCCGUACAUCACGUUCCACGGCGCCGGCCGCGACGUGACUGUGAUCGAGUGGCACGACCGCGCGAGCGACCGAGGCCCCAACGGCCAACAGCUACGGACUUAUAACACCGCCUCCGUAACGGUUUUCGCUAGUUAUUUCCGAGCUAGAAACAUCAGCUUCAAGGUAAUUGACUCGUUAAUUUUUAUUACGUACAUCGAUGGCUUCUCUCUGCGUAUCACGAUCCGAUCCGACGGCGCAGAAAAAACGCUGGCUCCCCAGAAUACAGCGCCAGCGCCGAUGCCCGGAAUGGAAGGGUGGCAAGCGGCGGCGUUCCGCAUCUCCGGCGACAAAGCGUAUUUCUUCGGGUGCGGCUUCUACGGAGCGCAGGACACGCUGUGCGACGACGCCGGCCGGCACUACUUCAAGGACUGUUACAUCGAGGGCUCCAUCGACUUCAUCUUCGGCAACGGCCGGUCCAUGUACAAGAAUUGCCAGAUCCACUCGGUCGCAAAUCGAUUCGGGUCGAUCGCGGCGCAGGACCGGAACAGCCCGUGCGAGCGGACCGGGUUCGCGUUCGUGAACUGCCAGGUGACCGGGACGGGGAAGCUGUACGUGGGGCGGGCGAUGGGGCGGUACUCGCGCAUCGUCUUCGCCUACACCUACUUCGACGACGUGGUGGUGCCCGGCGGCUGGGACGACUGGGACGACAACAGCAACAAGAACAAGACGGCGUUUUUCGGGGUGUACAGAUGCUUCGGACCGGGUUCGGCGGCGGUUCGUGGGGUUUCGUGGGCGAGAGAGCUGGACUACGAGAUGGCUCGGCCGUUCAUCGCCCAGAGCUUUGUGAAUGGAAGACACUGGCUCGAGCCUUCGGAUCCCUGAGAGAUUCAAAAAAAAAAAAAACAAUGUGUUCGUUAGUUAGUUAAUUAAUUUACGUGCCAUAAGAUUACGUACAGGCAUUAAUAGAAUGUGACAGCAUUGAUUAAUUAAUUGUUUCUUUAAGAAUAAAUUUUAACUUAUUCGGUGUA